AUACUGUGAUACCUGCGCGAAGACUCAAUUUUUCACUGAGUGGACCUACUGGUUAUAUUGUGGUUAUACUGUGUCUCAACUGCUAGUGUGAUUACGGCUUAACAGAGAAUGCCUCAUAUAUAUAUACAAACACAUAUAUGUGAUGUAUUCCGUUUCACGUAUAAUGCGCAUAAUAUAUUUUUUAUCCUUAUUGUUCACUGAAUGUUAAACAAGGAUAAAAUAAUACAUCAUGCACAUCAUGUGCGAAACGGAGCACAGUUUUGGAUUGGAUCACGUUUGCGACGUGCGAUACGACCAAUACUUUCACACAUAUCAUAUCACUUCGAUUUGACGUGCAUGCUGAACGCGUGAUAAGAGAAAAAAUUGUUGAAAAAUUGUAAAUGAGCCAAUUAGUUUCAAAAUGCCGAAAGAGAAAAGAUUAAGAAAUUACAUGCAGAAUAUAGAUCAAAGGAUCAAAAUAAUAAAUACCAAAACAGCAUUGGCAUCUACAUCACAGCAAUUUAAUAUUCCAAAAAGUACUUUACAUUCUAAGUUUAAUAAUAUAUCUUCUCUGAAUGGCAAACCUGGACCGCCCUCUAUUUUAUCCGAAGAAGAAGAAAAUUUUAUAAAACGAUGGAUUUUCUUUUGUUAUAAUCGAGGAUUUCCAGUGAAAAAAGAUCAACUUUUGGACUGUGUGCAAGAAUAUAUAAUCAAAUUAAAUAAGAAAAAUCCUUUCACAAAUAAUAGACCAGGACGAAGUUGGUACAAUGGUUUUUGUCUACGACAUCCAGAACUUGCAACAAAAAUGGCCCAGAAUCUAUCAAAAUAUCGUGCUGAUGUAACAGAGGAAAAAUUACGUGAAUGGUUUAAUAAUGAACUCAAAACUUUCUUAGAGCAAAAAGAGCUUAUUGAUAUUGAGCCUUCUCGAGUAUUUAGUCUUGAUGAAAGUGCAUUUUUUUUGUCUCCAAAAACAGAUCAUGUUUUAGUAAGAAAAGGUUCCAAAUCCAUGUAUAAAAUAGCAGACAGGGAUGAAAAUGAGAGUCUAACUGUCUUGCUCACAAUGAAUGCCGCUGGAAUUAUGGCACCUCCGAUGAUUUUGUUCUGGUAUCAGAAGCCAUCCGAUAAUGUUAUCAGUAAAAUUCCUCAAGAUUGGAGUGUCGGAACGACAGAAAAAGGAUGGAUGACCAGUGAAUCUUUCUGUGAAUAUAUAACCAACGUUUUCCAUCCUUGGCUUGUAAAAAAUGCUAUUCAAUUUCCAGUAUUACUUUAUAUAAAUAGCCAUUCGCCACACAUUACACCAUCAUUGUUUACAUUCUGUCUUGAGAACAAAAUAGAGUUAAUCUCUCUUUUUCCAAAUGCAACACAUAUAUUGCAGCCACUGGAUGCAGUAUUUAAUUCAUUGAAACAAUCUUGGAAAUCUAAAAAUGAUCAAUGGAAAAUUCACACUGCUUCACGUUUGAAAAAAGAAGAUUUUGCACAACUUCUUGAAAAAGCAAUUGAAAAUAUAAACUUAACUGAAAUUGUGAAAAAAGGAUUUAGAACUUGUGGACUGCUACCUUUUUGUUCAGAUGCUGUUAAUUAUAGCAUUUUAAAUAAGAAUAAACGAAUGAAAUUAUAUGAGUCUACGGACGAAUGUAUCGAAUCAGCUGAACAUUGUGCUAAUCAGAAAGAAGAUGAAUAUAAAAAAUUUCUUGAGAUGUUUGAAGAACAAUUGAGCAAGAAAGUAUUACGAGAUUUUCAAAAUGCUGCUUUUAAUAAUAUUACCGUCAGUGACAUAAGAAAUCAUGGAUUAUUUAAUAUGUGGUUAAAAAUAAAAAAACAAUGCGGUAAUUUAGAAAGUUAAUUUAGACAAUUUUUUUCUCAAAAAAAUAUUUAACAAAUUAUAUUUAUUUUUUAUUAUAUUUUUUACAGCAUUAUGAUUAAAUCUUUUUUCAAUUUCAGUUAUAGUUUAACAACAAUUAGACUAAUAAUUCUUAUAAUAAUUUUAUAAAAUGUAUAAGUUACAAGUUCUUUUUUCAUAGAUUUCUGAAUGGCUUUAAAUGUACUUAAUUGUAUACAGGAAAAUAAAAUGAUAUUCACAAGAA